ACACAAAAGCACAACAAUACAGAAAACAAGGACGGACCUUAAAUGAAAAGGCUGAAUUUUGAUAAGAAUACAAUAUAAUUAAUGCGAAAAGUAUCUAAUUUGUUCCCGAACGAUACCCGGCUUUCAUACUAAACAUAAUUGUAUCAAUAACUUACGCAAAAGUAAUAAAUAUUGCAAAGAAAAGCGGAUUAACAGAUGCACGGACUGGGCCGGGCGGGCGCACGGACAUAAAUGAAAUGACUGAAUUUUGAUAAGAAUACAAUAUAAUUAAUGCAAAAAGUAUCUAAUUUGUUCCCAAACGAUACCCGGCUUUCAUACUAAACAUCAUUGUAUCAAUAACUUACGCAAAAGUAAUAAAUAUUGCAAAGAAAAGCGGAUAAACAGACGCACGGACAGGGCCGGGCGAGCGUACGGACAAAAUAAGAUAGGGAAAAAUUUUCCCAUAAGGUUUUUGUCCGUACGCUGUCCGCGCGGGUAUAGGGAAUGUCCGCGCGGCGCGGAAAUAUCCGCACGCCUGGGAACACUGAUAACAAGGGAGGUUAGGAAAGAUAAAGUUACAUUCUUUUAUCAAAAACACUUUUGUUUUUCCGCCUUUCAGCGGUAAUUAUAUCAUCGGAAGACCCACUAGUUAGUUUUUGAUUGGUUCAACCCAAACUUCUUAUCAUUGUUUUCAUCAAUACAGCCAUUAUUUCUCCCUCCGUGUUCAAAUUUUGCCGGCCGUAUGCUCGGCAUGUCUUUGGGCUUACCCAUGGAUGUAGUAAGAUAACAUCUGCUUCGUUUACGCUAGGAUCUAGAAACUUUGGUACCAUGGUGGGUGUUAAAGAAAAAGUAGAGGAUACCCUUAUCAUCUCUGCUAACGAUGAGCGGAAGUAUAGAGGAUUAAAACUUGAAAAUGGAAUGCAAGUAAUGCUAAUCAGUGAUCCUAAGACGGACAAAGCUGCUGCAGCUCUGGACGUCAAUGUUGGUUUCAUGUAUGAUCCCAAGGAGUUGCCGGGCUUAGCUCACUUUUGUGAACACAUGUUAUUCCUUGGGACUGAGAAAUUUCCAUCCGAAAAUGAUUACAAUAAAUACAUCUCAGAGCAUGGUGGAAUGAACAACGCUUUCACAACUCUUGAUCAUACUACAUAUUACUUUGAUGUGGCUCAUACACAUUUUGCUGAAGCUUUAGAUAGAUUUUCUCAGUUUUUUAUGGCGCCACUCUUCACAGAAUCAAUGAGUGAGAGAGAGGUGCAUGCUAUCCAUUCAGAGCAUGAAAAAAAUAUUCCGAAUGAUACUUGGAGAAUAGACCAGUUCGAUAAAUCAACCAGCAGUGCUGAUCAUGAUUACAAUCGUUUUGGCACAGGAACUCUUGAUACUCUCCUUACCAACCCGAAAGCUAACGGCAUCAACACUCGUGAUGCAGUGAUGAAGUUCCACCAACAGUGGUAUUCAUCCAAUAUCAUGACCCUGGCUAUGCUUGGACGAGAAUCUCUGGAUGAACUGGAAGACUUGUGCAUAAAAUAUUUCCAUCCUGUUACGAACAAGUCUAUUGAAGUUAAAAAGUGGACGGAACAUCCAUUUGGGCCUGACCAACUGCAACUGAAAGCUUACAUCGUUCCAGUCAAAGAUUUGCGCAGUUUGAUUAUUACAUUUCCAUUCCCUGACCUCCGUGACCAGUUUGAAAGCAAACCUGACCAAUAUUUAAGCCAUCUGCUUGGUCAUGAAGGGUCUGGUAGUCUCCUGUCAGCCCUAAGGAGGCGAGGUUGGUGCAACAGUCUUGUAGCUGGAUGUCGAUCUGGUGCUAAAGGUUUCUCAUUCUUUUCUGUGAAUGUUGAUCUGACAGAAGAAGGUAUCGAGCAUAUUGAUGAUAUUGUAACAUUAGUCUUCCAAUAUAUAAAGUUACUGAAAAAAGAGGGGCCUCAAAAAUGGAUUCAUGAUGAGAAUGAACUUCUGGCAAAAAUGCAUUUUCAGUUCAAAGAUAAGGAGUCUCCAAGAAAUUAUGUCACAAGUAUUGUCAGCUUUUUGCAUCGCUACCCAUUAAACCAAACUUUAAGUGGAGCUUACCUAUCACCAAAGUGGGAUCCUGAUCAAAUAGAGCAUAUAUUGGGGCAUCUUUGCCCCUCAAAGGUGAGGAUAAUCGUUGUUGGCAAGAAGUUUGAAAAUGUUGCAAGCGAAACAGAAAAAUGGUAUGAGAUAAAAUACAAACUUGAAAAAAUCCCAACAGAGCAAAUUAAAGCAUGGGAAUCAGUUGAUUUGUGUGAUGAGUUACAACUUCCAGAAAAAAAUGACUUAAUAGCGACUGAUUUUGACGUCCUUCCGUCCAGUGAUUCUGUCUCACAAUUCCCACAAGUCGUUCGCAAAGAGGACUUGAUGCGGGUUUGGCACAAACAGGAUGAUGAAUUCUUACUGCCAAAAGCAAUAGUCACUUUUGAAUUUAUGAGUCCGUUAGCCUACUUGGAUCCAGCUUCAGCUAACAAAACCCAUCUGUUUGUGUGUCUCUUCAAAGAUGCAUUAACGGAGUUUUCGUAUACGGCAGAACUGGCAGGACUCAAAUGGGAAAUGGGGAACACUAAGUAUGGAAUAGUUCUGUCUAUUGGAGGGUACAAUCAUAAACAGGAAGCAUUUCUUGAUGAAAUUAUGCAAAGGUUGGUGUCUUUGAAAAUCGACAAACAGAGAUUCGAAAUUCUGAAAGAGAACCACAUCCGAAAAUUGAAAAAUUUCAAGGCUGAACAGCCGUAUCAGCAUGCUGAAUAUUACUUGUCAGCUCUCCUAUCAGAACAGCAAUGGAUUAAGGAAGAACUUCUAGCUGCAACUGAUUUCUUGACUGUGGAGAGUCUAGAGAAAUUUAUUCCUCAGUUUUUUUCAAACCUAUAUAUAGAGUGCCUUGUCCAUGGAAAUGUACUUGAAAAAACUGCUCUCAAUAUGAGUUCCAUUGUUGAGAAACAUUUAAAGCAGUAUGAGCCCAUAUGACCAUUACUGCCGCGGCAGCGGCUUCUCGUCAGAGAAGUGCAGCUGGCCGAUGCUUCCGAUUUAAUUUAUGAAGCUGAACAUACGCUCCACAAAAGUGGUUGCAUUGAAACAUAUUUCCAGACCGGUGUCCAGACAACAAGAAACAAUGUCCUGCUGGAUCUAGUGGCACACAUCUUACAAGAACCUGCUUCUGAUAUACUCCGCACCAAAGAACAACUUGGUUACAUUGUGUUCACUGGUGUUCGUCGAACUAAUGGUGUUCAAGGCUUCAGAAUCAUAGUUCAGUCUACCAGACAUCCGAUGUACUUAAAUGAACGAGUAGAAGCGUUUCUAAAAACCAUGAAGUCAACUCUUGAAAAUAUGGAUGAAGAGGAAUUCAAAACUCAUGUAGAGGCUUUGGCUGUCUCUAAACUUGAGAAACCAAAAAGUUUAUCAGAACUCUCCUCUAGAUUUUGGUGUGAGAUCAUGAUUCAAGAGUAUAAUUUUGAUAGGCGUAAUACAGAUGUUGCUAUGUUGCGCACAUUGACCAAGCAAGACGUUGUGGAAUUUUUCAGUCAGUUCGAGGAAAAUUCUCCAAACAGGCAUAAACUUUCCAUACACAUUGUAUCCUCUGUUGAUAAAGGACCAGAAGCAAUUGAAGAAACCGAACUUAAGCCCAGCACUGCAGAACGUAUUGUAAAUAUCACACAAUUCAAGGCAAGUCAUAGUUUGUACCCUCUAGGAACUGCUGUGAUUGAUUUCCAGUCUCAUAGCACCAAGUCCAAACUGUGAAUUUUCAGAACUUUUUAAGUAGACUAACAUUGAAUUUUUCUGUCUCUAGGAUGAAAGCCUGCCUAACAAACAUUUUUUGUGAAAUAAAGUUUUUGUGUAAAUAUGAAA